AUGAACCAAUUCAUCAGCAAGUCAUUCAUUCUUUUUGCUUCGUUGGUCUUGUUGUGUGGCUUGUGGAUGGCAGCCUCUGUAUCGUUGGCCGAUGAGCAGCAAACAAGUAGCACCACCACUUCCUCGUCGGAUAUUAACGUGAAUAAUUUAUUGCAAGGAGAAUGGAUUGUUGAAAUGACUACCGUGGAUCAGGAUUCUUCAUCAGGAGAUGCUGAUGAAUUGUUCCCACAGUUGGGAGUUUAUAAUUUCUCUCAUACUCCAUUGCAAGAAGGUGUUUUGUUUGGAACCUAUCUUCCAAAGGGUUCCGAAGAUGAUGCUUCAGAAUUUGAUGUUAAGCUUUUGGUUCAAUCCGAUGCGGAACACAGCGGUUCUUUCAAGAUGAUUAAGAGAAAGAAGGAAGAAGAGCCCUCUGAAGAUGUUGAAGAAGUCGCCGAGUUGAGAAGUGAUGAUACCAUUGUUUUUGAUAUUCCAUAUAAUUUUGUCACUCACAAACCAAACAGUCCAAAUCAACCUCCUGUGGUUUAUGCCUCGAGCCAAGGACGUUUCACUGCAAACAAUGGUGUCUUGAAGGGAACUUAUCAAUUCUUGUUCACGAAUAAGGAGAAUUUCAUUUUGAGUUUGGUCUAUGAUGCAACCACAGGACAAGAUGGUGUCACCAAGUACAAGAUUGACAGAAUUGUUGGAACUAAACAAGUCAACAAGGAGUUGAGCUUCUUCCAAAAGUACGGAAGUACCAUCAUGAUUAUGGUUUUCUUUAUUGGAAGCAGAUUUUUGACAAGAAACAUGCAAGCCGGUCAAGCCCCAGGACAAGCCCCUCCAGCUGGUGGCAAUCAAUAA